AUUAUUUCUAAACAUUGCUGAAAGAAUAGAAAAAGCUGAAAUACAUUUAAAAAUUGCUGUGUUGUUCUAUGUUAACUUUUUGUAAAAUGGAUGUAUAAUCAGUUUAAUCAAUUCAAUCAGUUAUGACAAAUCCAUGUAAUCGUGCAGUCUGUGUUCAAUGUCCAAUCAAUACAUGUUUUGAUCCCUGAUUACUGAUUCAAUUUUCAAUCAAUAAAUGUUUGUCACAAUUCUCGACUUUUCUUUUAAAGUCUUCAAAAUCCCCGUGUAGCCUCGGAUAGUGCUAUUAUUUGAUUACUGUGUGGAUGUUAAAAAGCCUUUAAUUUUUGCCCACAAAUGAUAAUUUACUCCUCGCGUGUUUCAGCAUUAACUCUGAUCAUUUGUAGCCGGCAUCGUGUGACGUCUGCCUUUGUUAGAGCGCUCUGUUUAGGACAGUUCUAAUCAGUCUGUCGCUUCCACUCUGCCGCAACUCUCCCCAUAGCAACCAGAGCCCCGCACACACAAGCAGCCGCUACGUCACACAUAAACAAAUGACUCUGUAUCCAGUCAGCUGACGCUACCGGCAGCUAGCUUUCGUCGGCUAGCGCUACUAUCGCGCUAGCUUUGCGGUGGCUGACAAGUUAUGUCAGCAAGCGCAAACAAGUUGUACGAAGCUACUGCUGCUCUUGUAUUUAGCCAGCUAGCCUACGUGGAUAACCGUCACUCUGUCUGUCUGUCUGUCUGUCUGUCUGUCACUAUUAGCUACGGAAAUGGACGAGGGUCUCUGUUAGCUGUCCCUUUCCCGAGUACUGAAAGCAGCGCUUUACGCAGUGGCUGUUUAGCACAACAAUGUCAAAUAUAUACCUGUGUAUGAACAUCUAUCUAUCUAUCUAUCUAUAUCUAUCUAUAUAGAUAUAGAUAUAGAUAAAUGCACACGUGUUAUCUAUCUAUCGAUUAUUAUCUAUCUGAUGGAUACAACUCUGUGUAUCCGGAACAUAUAUAUGUACAUAACAUCCGACUAUUUUUAUAAUAAAUGAUAACACCAAAUAUGAAAUGAUAAUCGUGUCCAUAAAUAUUCAAAAUAAUAAUUACUGAACUAUAAAAGAGAGCAAAGAGAACAAAAACUUUGUUUCAUGAGCACAAAACUCGCAAACGAGUUUUCCUGGACGAAGGGCUCGCGGACAUGACGAGGCGGCGCGUGGACCUUCUAGAACAUUGUCGGAGCCGCAGCGGCGCGAAAAAUCCACUGCUGUCCAUCCUGAACCGAGAAAGAAUGGCGUUAAGAAAAGUUCUUUCGUCGAAGCCCCAAACCCCUUACUUUAAGCCCCCGGCAAUACACAUUUGUGUGGUUGCACUGAAGGACCAGCAUAGGGUCACGAGGUGGGACUUCCAGGACGGCAGAGCGGUGGCGGCCGUCACAAAAGCUAAUGCCGUCAUGGCCAUCAGCGACGGGCACUCCGUGGCCAAAGUGACCCUGUAUGAAGACCUGAAGGCCCAAGUUCAAGAGGGUGCUUCCUACGUGGUUCGUGGCUAUAACCUGAGGGGCAAUUCCCCUCCAUAUGCCUUUAAUGUCUCAAGGGAGACAGAAUUCUUUCGAAGCAGCGCCCUCGUCAUCGACGAGAAAUUACAAAACGAGGCCUUGAGGCUGAUCAAUCCUCGCUCGCCCCUGACCCCCCUCAGCACCUGCAGGGAAUCUGCUGGUCUGGUCACGGUGGAAGGGGAGGUGGUCGAGGUAAGUAACUUUCCGUUUAACGGGACUGCGAUAUAUAUAGCCAAUGUAGGUUGUUGCUGUAAAAUAAAGAGUGUAAGUCCGCCGGACUGCAGCUAUGAGAACAUUAACACCCAAAUCCACUGUGUUCAGGUGUCUGAGCUGAAGGAGGUGGUGGUGGCGAGGGACCGCGUGCCACUGCAAAACAUCACGUUGAAGCAGGGGGAAACAAAGGUGCCCGUGUCCCUCUGGAGGGAAACCGCCCUCCACUGCUGUGAGAUCGGGAACGUCCUGAGAGUGUCCCACCUGAGAGGGUCGGAGUCCAAUUAUGGAUUCCGGCUCCAAACAACGGUGGAGUCAGCAAUUGAGGCGGUCAGUUCCACGGCAGCGGAGGAGGUUGGAGUUUACGGGGCAACACCGGCACGCGGGGCUCCCGGAAGCCUAAAAGUGCUCCUGGAGGACGACAGGACGCUGUUCAUCGAGGAGAGCAAGUGGCUGCCAAUAGCUGCCAUAAUGGAAGCGCCACCCUUACCGGUCAAAAUAACCGUUAAAGGCAACACCAUUGUCGCCAUUGAAGCCAUGCGGAAGGAGGAGUAGCUGUUUGAGUUUCUUUUUGUUGUUGCUGUUUUUGCUGUUGUUUUAAUGUGUUCAUUAGGAAUCGGUUCUCCGUUGUUCAAAUUACCUUUCACAUUGUAUAGGAUGUUAUUAAUCAAUUUGCCCAAGUUCAUGUGUUCUGUUUUUGUUCUAUGUUAACCUUUUGUAAAAUGGAUGUAUAAUCAGUUUAAUCAAUUCAAUCAGUUUAAUCAAUUCAAUCAGUUUAUUCAAUUCAAUCAGUUAUGACAAAUCCAUGUAAUCGUGCAGUCUGUGUUCAAUGUCCAAUCAAUACAUGUUUUAAUCUCUGAUUACUGAUUCAAUUUUCAAUCAAUAAAUGUUUGUCACAAUUCUCGACUUUUCUUUUAAAGUCUUCAAAAUCCCCGUGUAGCCACGGAUAGUGCUAUUAUUUGAUUACUGUGUGGAUGUUAAAAAGCCUUUAAUUUUUGCCCACAAAUGAUAAUUUACUCCUCGCGUGUUUCAGCAUUAACUCUGAUCAUUUGUAGCCGGCAUCGUGUGACGUCUGCCUUUGUUAGAGCGCUCUGUUUAGGACAGUUCUAAUCAGUCUGUCGCUUCCACUCUGCCGCAACUCUCCCCAUAGCAACCAGAGCCCCGCACACACAAGCAGCCGCUACGUCACACAUAAACAAAUGACUCUGUAUCCAGUCAGCUGACGCUACCGGCAGCUAGCUUUCGUCGGCUAGCGCUACUAUCGCGCUAGCUUUGCGGUGGCUGACAAGUUAUGUCAGCAAGCGCAAACAAGUUGUACGAAGCUACUGCUGCUCUUGUAUUUAGCCAGCUAGCCUACGUGGAUAACCGUCACUCUGUCUGUC